GAGUGGUCUGAAAACAAAGAAGAAGAAAAUGUUUGCGGAAGUUAAUGUACACUCGGAUUUCUGCGUUAAUAUGAGAUUACUCUACAUACAUUUUAAUGGUAACGGUUGAGUUCCAGCAUUUGUAAACAUCUUAGGAAUUUGGAUAAGACUUUGAUUUAACGUGUAGGCUUGUGAUGUCUUAGAUUUCACGUUAGAGAGAAUGGUUUCAUUUAGUUUCCUGUCAGUCCUGUUAUGAUAGUUUCCAUCUGUUUUCACAUGAUCAAAAAUAUGAACGAGUUUUUAUUUUUAAACUUCACAUCUGUUAUAUGUGUCUUAUCGUGAACGUCAGAUUUUUGUUUGCCAGAACAGAUUUAGAACAAUUGAAAAAAACAUGCUAGGUGCUUGGUUCAGAUCAGGUCGACCUGGACUCUGCUUGGCAACAUAUGUGCUGGUAAUAGUGAUGGUGCUGACGUAUGCUGGGGAAAUCCAGGCAAGUCUCAGCUUGGGUCCAGGAGGAGACUUCCCAAAGUUCAGAGAUGUGUUUCUGUUCGCUCUCUGUCAUGAUGACCUACCUUCUCUGCUGGUCAGUGUUGCUCUUCUGCUGCUGUCUGGAUCAAGUCAGGAACGCCACUGGGGAACAGUCGCCUGGAUGUCCCUCUCAAUCUUGACAAUGAUUUUAUUGCCUUUGGUUUACACCCUGGUCCUCUUCGUGGGUUCAGGUGGAGCAAGUCGGAUCUGUGGCUACUCCGCCAUUCAGCUCACCCUGAUUACAGCUCAAUGUCGACAGACCGCACAAAGACGGCUUCUGAGGUUUUUACCAGUCUGGAUACUCCCCUGGCUUCUCCUGCUGGUUGGCCUGCUGCUGCUGCCAGGGACACCAGCUCUACUUCACUUCUGUGCUAUAUGCAUCGGACACAACUAUCUUCAACCAUUAAUCAGGAUGUUACAGGAAUUAGAGGACGUCAAGAUUUUUGAUUUCAUUCCUCAUUGGCUGUUUGUUCCGACUUCUUCCAGAUUCAAAUUGCCGACUUUUGCGACCUCAGAGAGAUCACGUCCCCAAUUCUUGCCUGCAGAUCAGGCAACUUUCCCCCCAGGGACAGCUUUCCACCACCAUCCUUGGAUGGAACAGUCACCACUUUGGGUGAUGGAGGAGUCUGCUGCGGUGUCCGAAGCAGAGCUGCUGGAGGAGGAGAUGCUGAGAGCAGGGAUUCUGGCUUCGUUACAGGAUGCUCCUGAGGUGGAGUCCAAUAAAAAAGUGGAGGUGCCCAAAUCAUCGGUUUCCUCUCUGCGACUCCAGCAGCUCGAGAAGAUGGGCUUCCCAACAGAGAAGGCUGUGGUGGCGUUAGCAGCAACCAAACAGCUAGAUGGCGCCAUCUCUUUACUCAUUGAAGACAGCAUCGGAGAACAAGCUGUGGUGGUAUCUAAAGGAAAGAGCCCCCACCUCUAAAGAGCAGAUAGACAGCCUCGCACUCCUGGACUCACAUCUUUAACAGUGUUUGAACAACACAAAGUUUCUCCUCAAAAUGACUCCCAUUUGUUUCCAAAUCUAGACACCAGAGACAGAGAGUAGAUGUUGUUUAUUUAUGUAAUAAAAAUGUUAAAUGAA